AUGAGCCUACGGUCGCCCGCCAACGUCUUCCGCUUCUAUGCCCGCGAUAGCCUCUGCCGCCGCUGCAGUUACCUGAAAACAGCUUCUUUUUCCCACACCACCUCGUCCCGAACUGCCCUCGCCUCGAGCUCGCCCCGCCUCAAGGCCGACUACUUCGUAUCCAAUGCAUUUGCGCCGCGCCUGCACGACGACCGCAACAGUCGAUCCCGCUCCUCCACCGCCCCCAACCAUCGCAACGACCGCAACGAUGAGAACCGCGACCUCCCGCACCGCCGGCGACAGGCAGCGAAACGCAUCGCUAGCUCGAGAGGCACAGUGUUGAACGGUACCACAGCCGAAGCUCCGUUGCCUCCAGAUGCCUCCUCGUUGCUCACAACAGCCUCCACACGGCAUCCUGCCAACUGCCUACGCCGACAGCUCUCGCUGCUCCUCUCCCUCUCGAAACCCCGCCUCACCGUCCUGGUCGUCCUCACCGCCAUGGCCCCCUACGCCCUGUACCCCGUCCCGGCCUUCCUGUCUCCGUCCAUCGGCCUCGAUACCCCCUCCCUGUCGCCGUUGACGCUGGUCUUUCUCUCCACGGGCACUCUGCUCUGCUCCGCCAGCGCCAAUGCUCUCAACAUGCUAUACGAACCUGCCUGGGACGCCAUGAUGACGCGGACGAGGAACCGCCCGCUCGCUCGGGGCUUGUUGUCGCAGCGCAAGGCCAUCGCUUUCGCCGCACUCGCCGCGCUGACGGGGGUCGGCAGUCUCUACUUUGGCGUGAACCCGACCGUCGCCUUCCUGGGCGCCGUCAACAUCGCGCUCUACGCCGGGGUCUACACGCCGCUGAAGCGCGUGUCGUGGCUGAACACGUGGGUCGGCGCCAUCGUGGGUGGGAUCCCGCCCCUGAUGGGCUGGGCAGCAGCCGCCGGUGAGUCCGCGACGGGGAACGGCUCGUUCAGUGAGCUGCUCCUCACCUCGGAUGCCGUGGGCGGCUGGUUGCUCGCCGCACUCCUGUUCGCCUGGCAAUUCCCGCACUUCAUGGCACUAUCGUGGCCGAUCCGCGACGAGUACAAGGCCGCCGGUCACCAAAUGCUGGCCUGGGUCAACUCGGCGCGCAACGGCCGCGUGGCGUUGCGGUACAGCCUCGUCUUCAUCCCGCUGUGUGUCGCGCUCUGCACCGCGGGCGUCACUGAGUGGAGUUUCGCCGUGACGAGCCUGCCCGUCAACCUGUGGCUUGCGCGCGAGGCCGUUCUCUUCUGGCGCCACGGAGGCUUCAAGGGGAGCGCUCGGGGCUUGUUCUGGGCCAGCGUCUGGCAUCUGCCGGCCGUCAUGGUUUUGGCCCUCGUGCAGAAAAGGGGCAUGUGGGGGCGCGUAUGGCGCAGCGUCGUCGGCGAGCCAGAACUCGACGAUGAGGACUACGACGAUUGGAUAGACGAGGCCGUCGCUGGAGCUGGACCUGCUGUUGGCCAGGCCAGGGUAGGGGCAGGGGCUGGGGUGCCUCCCAUCGCAUCCAGGUGA